AUGAAGACAUCUACUAUCCUUCUCACGACGACCAUAUGCGUCCUCGCUACUGCCACAUCUCUCCCGAGUUCCGAAACUUUAGCUACCAGCGACAUCUGGAUAGGUCUGAACUUGAACAAAUGUCUAGUUAAUGCCGAAGUCGUUCCCCAGGCCAAUCUCGAAGCUCAGAAAGUUGUUGCCAAAGAGGUCAUCGAUGCAUACAACGUCUGGGAUAUCGAAAAGAUUCUCGCAUACCGAACUCCGGACUGCAAGCAACAAAUCCUACCCGCUGCUCUUAACCGCUCACCUAAGAGUAACGACGAGUACCGCGCAUACUUUGAAACUAUUGAGCCUUUGUACAUCAAUUUCACAGCCACAGUCUUCCAAGAGACGCAUGACCCCGAGGCGCACACUUGUAUCAUACAUGCACGCAGUACAGCGUCGACGCCGAUCGAGGAUGGUACGCAAGUUAGACAAUUCGACGAGUUCGUCGAUUCGGCAUACACUCUGGAGUUUGGGGCGAGGUUGGCUGCAUUCUUGACGAACGGGACGUCGACUGAUCACUGA